AUGCUGGUGGGCAUCUUGCAGGGCCUCUCCCCGCUGAUCAGCACAGUGCCCGGAGUUUCCCACGUGAUCGGCCCCAGGCCAAAGUCACAGAAGAAGCCAGGCCUGAGCAGCCCGGGGCUCACCCAGGCAAAGCUGUCAGCCCAGGUCAGAGGGAGCAGGUGGAGUUUCUGGCACUCGGGGCUCUGCAAGGUCCUUGCCCUGCUGCAGGCUUCCUGGGAUGCCUUCUCCCGGCCUGUCCCGGCCAGCUGUGGCCAGCUGCUGACCCAGCUCCUGCUGUGUGGUUCUCUGGCUGCCUCUGCUGCCGGUCUGGCUCACCACUGGCUGGUGUCCUCGCUGCUUUAUCCUCUGGGGCCCUCGGCCGUGGUGGCCACUGUCUGUGGCCUCCUGGUCUUCCUGGGCUUGGGCCUGGUGCCCCCAGCCCGCUGCCUGUUUGCGCUCAGCGUGCCCACCCUGGGCACGGAGCAGGGCCGCCGGCUGCUCCUGUCCUGCAGUGCUGCCACCCUGGCUGUCACUGUGGUGCCCAACGUCUUGGUCAACGUGGGAGCAGCUGGGCGUGUGCUGAGGUGUGUCACUGAGGGCUCCCUGGAGAGUCUGCUCAACACCACCCACCGGCUGCACGCGGCAUCCAGGGCCCUGGGUCCAGCAGACCGAGUAGGCGGCCGAGGCCUGACGUUCGAGGUUCAGGGCAAUGGCUCUGCCAUCCGGCUUCACAUGCUCAGGGCUACUCAGAAAGUCUUGGAGGAUUUCUCCGACAUGGAGUCCCUGUCCCGGGCAGUGGCCCUGGGCACCCAGCGGAUGGUCGCCGGGGUCUUUGUGCUGGGUCUCCUGGUGGAGUCGGCCUGGUACCUCCAUCACUACCUGACUAACCUGCACUUUGACAAUAUCUACGCCACACAGCAGCUCGCUCGGCAGCUGGCAGAGGCCCGGGCCACGCACCUGGUGGCCUCCCCACCGGCCUGGCUGCUCUGGGCAACCCAGCCGAGGCUGUCACGGGAGGAGCUGCUGCAUUGUCUGCUGAGGCUGGGGCUGCUCACCCCACUCCUGGUGGCCACGGCUGUGACAGUGGCCACAGACCACAUGGCCUUCCUCCUGGCACAGGCGGCUGUGGACUGGGCUCAGAAGCUGCCCACUGUGCCUGUCACGCUCACUGUCAAGUACGAUGUGGCGUACACUGUCCUGGCCUUCCUCCCCUUCCUCUUCGGCCAGCAGCCUGCAGAGAGCCCCCUCCUCUCUGCCCACAGCUCCUCCCAGUGGGAGCUCCGCCUCACCGCCCCCGGCUGCCCGCUGCUGCCUGCCCAGCACCCCCGCGCGGCCGGGCCCCUGGCUGCGGCCGCCCUGCAGCUCCUGGCCUGCUCCACGGUCCUCCUGGAGACCUACGCCCGCCGCCUGAGGCACGCCAUCGCUGCUUCCUUCUUCACGGCCCAGGAGGCAAGGAGGGCCCGCCACCUGCACGCCCGGCUCCAGCACAGGUACGCCAGGUCCCACGCCCAGCAGCUGCGCCUUGGGGAGCCUUCCUGCUCGGGAUGCCCGGGCGUGCCAGCAAGCCCCCCACGCGGGCAGAUGGGAUUACCGCAUGCUGGACACCGACGAACACAGGGCAGUGGGGCAGAGAGGAGCGAGCUCUGCAGUCGCUCAGACCUGAGUUGUCACCCUGGCCCCUCCACUCCUUCCUGGGUGACCUUGGGUAGGUCACUCCACCUCUCUGAGCCUCUGUUUCUACGUCAGCAUAAUGGCUGCGGAAACAGCUGA